UCGAGGAAUUGAUAAGAUGGCAUGGGAUGCUUCAGGAGAGCGUCUAGCCUUAUCUUAUCGAGAUGGGGAUGACUUGUACAGGGGUCUUAUAGCAAUAUAUGAUGUUAGAAGAAGUCCACUGAUUUCAGCAUCUUUGGUUGGGUUCAUUAGGGGUCCUGGAGAUGACCCCAAACCAAUAGCUUUUUCAUUUCAUGACAAGUUUAAGCAGGGGCCAUUGCUUUCUGUGUGUUGGAGUAGUGGAUUUUGCUGCACCUAUCCCCUCAUAUUCCGCUCACAUGUUCUUCCAUAGUCAAGCAAAACUUUUACAAUCAACUGUGACAUGAGGAAAACAAUUUCAUCGAAGAUUAUUAUAAUACGGAGCUUGAAAUGCUAAAUUGAAGGAUCCGAUUUCAAAAUUCAAGAUGGAUUAUCGUCAAUUCCUUAGGAGAUUGCAGGGCAGGUUAUUUGGCAAUUAAAUCUUUACCUUAAACAAAUGGAAGCACUUUAUGACUUUAUGUUUCUGCAGAGAAGUUCCUACUUUAUAUACCUAUGUUUGGAGGGUUUAAUAUAGCAGUGGAAUUGGAUGUGCUAAGAGCUAUAGUUUCCUUUUCCAUAGAGCCUCAGCUUCCUUAUGCUCUAUGUCGCUUCCAUCAGUCUCGUCUUCAGUUCAAUUUGUAUUCCGUUUGAUGGUUAUAUACUCCAAACGGAAGCUCUUUAAUUAUAAGAAUUGUAUCUUUUAAUCUUUGUACUUGGUGCUCACUGAUAUUUUUGUUUU